AUGGAAAAAUAUCAGAAUAUGAGAGCGUUUAUAUCGGCGGCCUUGGAUUACACUAAGCAUCCCAGCGAGAGCGUAAUCUCCGCCAUACAGAGAAGCCUCGGAGUGAUAAGCGCGUCGCUAGAUCUGAGUAUAUUCGAUCCGGGGACUAGCGUAGCUGCAGAGUUCUAUGUAAGCCUGUAUGAGCUUAUGAACUCCUUAGGGUCACGAUCCACCUUGAUCUGGAGUGCUGUAGAUGUUUUGCAAAAUGCUUGCCGAAAUGUUCCUGCCAGACAAUCUCUUAUCCACACAUAUAAAUUUGCGCCGAUAUUAGCACGAUUACUCGAGGCAAAUUUGACAACUGAAAAAAGGAUAAGAGUGCUAAAAUUACUCCAAGAAUUAACAUAUGGAAUUAAGAUAUCGUGGCAGGAAGCACACCUUCCGUAUUUAAUUUCUACACUAACUCAAUGGGUGAUGCAGUCGAAUGAAGAAGAGAUUAUCGCGCUCUCCUUAGGUGUACUUGUAAAUCUGUGCUAUAAAAAUCUUCCAGCGGUGUACACACUGAUGCGAACCGUCAAUACUAAGGUUUUUAUAAGAACAUUGUUGAAAUUCCAAGAUCAUGUCAACACCAGUGUGCAAUGUAGUAAAUUAUUGAUUAUAUUGGAACCAACUAAUACUAACAUAUCUGAAAAAUAUAUCAUGGACUUUGCGUCAGUGACGUUUGUUAAUCUCAAGACAGCAAUGAAACAAAAGGACGUUUUAUUAUUGAGGCAUAUCGUCGAUUUUUUCAACGAUAUUGCACAAAAUGAACAUUCACGAAACGUACUGGUUACAUAUUCCAAUUAUGGCAAAGAUAUAGAAAGUUUAUUAGCCACUUUAGAAGAGAACACUGACCCAGAAUGCAUUGCUUUAAUGAUGGAAUUUUUACUAUCAUUAGUGAAGCUAAAAUUAAGUGCCUUAACGCCUUUGUAUCCUGCAUGUAUAAAAUCAGCUAUGACAUGGGUACCUGUAGAACAAGUGUGCUCGAAAGCCUUAGCACUCAUACGAAGCAUAAUAAUCGAUUCCCGACGUACCAAAACUUCCGUCGAAGUUUUAACGGAGCUAGAUCCAUCUGUUCUUAUGCUUAUAACAAAUCCAGAAGACGAAGAUAAUGGGCUGAAUAGAAGUCAAAACGUAGAAACAGAAGUAAAGCAGGCCGAAUUAAUGCAGUUGUUUCAAGAAAUGAUUAAAAUUCCUACGCUGAAAAAGAAAAUAAUGCAGUCAUUCAGUGAACAUGCAAUGCGCAGACUGUUCAGUCACGUGUUGGACAAUGAAUUUUCCGCAGCUGGAGAUUGGACUGGGAAUUUUAUCCAGAAUGCUUCCACCAAUCUUUAUGUUCAUGCCUUAGCUUUGACAGCAGACUUGGCAGCAAAUCAUUCAAACUGGUUAACACUGUACUCUGAAUUGCUAAGUAGGAAACAAGUGCAAAUGAUAAUAGCGCUAGCAUUGUUCACCGGUGAUGGGGAAGUUAAGCAGAAAGUCUUGCAGCUGACAUCAUCGAUUGGAUUUCCACAAGAAUGUGUUUCUGCAGUGGCACUUUGUAUGAAAGAACUAGAACCAUUGAUACUAGUUCAGAACACAAACAGCAAUAUAUUGGAAAUCUCGAAUAAAGUAUCCCUGAAUUAUACUGGGAACGAAUUAGCGCCAUUAUUUUCCAUUGCACAGGAAGAACGCCUGGAUGCUUUCUUGGUAAAAUUGAAGUCAGCCUUUGAAUCGCAACAGAUUGGUGAUACUCCAACGUCUGCAGUGAUGGAAUUAUAUGAAUAUAAGUUAGCAGCAAUGAGACAUUCUGAAAGGUCAAUGCAAUCAAGUUUAGAAGCGGCAAAUAAUCAUGCUACUAGUCUUCAACAUAGAUUGGCACAAGUAGUAGCUGAGUCUAGUAGAUUACAUCAAUUAUUAUUUGAUACUCAGCAGUGUUUGGAAGGAAUAAAAGCUGAAAAAAUUAUAUUAACGGGAAAGCUUAGCGAGACGGAAGAUCAAUCUAGAAAAGCGCUUCGAAUAAAGAAACAAGAAAUCGAAUCCUUGAAAAAAAUUGUAAUGGAGAAGUCAACAAAUUUGGAAAAUUUAAAUGAAAAACUAACACAAUGUAUGAAUGAAUUAGAAAAUAGUAAUAACAAAAUUGAUGUAUUAAGCAAAAAAGUUCAAGAAUUAGAUAAUGAACGUUUAACUGCUGAAGCCAAAGCUACAGAAAUGGCUAAUAAAAUUCACGAAUUAAGUAAACUUUUGCAAAAAAUGAAAGAUUCUGUUAGCAAAAAAGAACAGAUGUUAGAGAAAAAGAAUGCAGAGAUAGAAACAAAUCAAAGUGAUAUAUCUGCACUUAAGCAAGAAAUUCAACAAUUGACACAUAUGCUACAGACAUAUGAGCAAACCAUAUCGGAGAAAGAGAAGAGUAAUCAAAGAAUGAAAGGAGAAUUAAAAGAGUUGAGCCGCAUGCGGGAUAUGAUCUUUGAGCUUACUGCUAAAAACAAGGACGACAUAAAUUCAAGUUAGCAAUUCUUUCAUUUUAGAACUAUUAAUAAAUAUAAAAAACAUGAUUAGAUCAAUGUAACUUUUAUCUUUAUCUAAUAUUUUUAUAUGGAUUUAAUUAAUUUUAUUCAUGUUUUAAUUUUUACUUGCGACGUAAAAUAAAAUUUUUUUUUAUUUUGGGAAAUUAAACUACAAAAAUAACAGUAUAUAUUUUAACAUAAAAAAAAUUUAUUGGAGGAAUGUGAUAAAAAUGAUUUAAAAAAUUGUAUAAAUAAUCGAUUGUAGUUGCUACGAUUGUUCAUUACUUAUUUAAUAUUAUCAUUACAUUUCCAUAAAAUUUUAUAUAUAAUUUUCACGUAAGAUAAAUCUCACAUUUUUAUCGUAUAUUAAAAUGUGAGUAUGUCAUUUUGGAUACCGUUACGUAAAUUUUUGUACUGUUAAAUAUAUUGAUGAGUAUAUUAAAGAUUUAUAGUAUAUACAUGCAUAUUCCAUAUAGUUAUUUUUUUUGCUGUACUAGAUACAAUCGCUAACGAUAUCUACUUAUUUCGUAUCGAAAUUUCUAUGAAUAAUUAUACAUGUAUUCUGCUGUUUAGAACGACAAAAUCAUUUCUUUGUCUUCAUAUAUUAUUUUUACUUUACUACAUCAGAAAUAUAUAACGUCAAUAACAUAUUAAUACUGUUACAAUUUCACUUAUAUUAUAGAGAAGCCAUUUAUCUUACUAUUCCCUUUGGCUUUAUAAAAUAAAUAAUACCUUUGUUCUUUAAAGCCAUAAAUUAUCAACAGAAAAGACUUCCGGAUGGAAUUAAAAAUAUAUAAUUAUUAGAAUAUUUAGAGAUAACAAAUAUCUUAAAGUACAAAUAGAAAAAAUAUAUAUAGCGUUUUAAAUAACAUUGCUAAUAAUUUUAAUUGCUUUUUUUAGUUUAUCAUCCAUACACAUCAUUCUUAUCAAAUAUAAUAAUAAAAAAGAGGUAUACUUAUGUAUGUAUAUAUAAAUAUAUAUGUAAAAUAUAUUUGUAAAGUUAAAUGCUGUUUCAUAAAUAAGGUGUUUUGUAACUGGUACGAAAGACUGUACACGUAAAAAUAAAUCGAAAAAGCAGAACAGAAUAUUUUCGUAUUACAGUAUUUAUGAUAAUUUAUUUUUGAGAAAAUUGAAUGACAUGGAAGUUCGAAAAUUGGAUAUCAAUAUCUGUAUACUUUCCUUGAAUAAUUUCUAAAAAUCUUGUAUUAUAAAGUUAUCGAACUAUCUCAAAAGUAAUUAUCAAGCAUGCAUAAAAAAAUAACAUCCAAAGAAAUAAUAAUCUCAUUUUUUGCAUAUGAUUUUUAAAGUAACUUGUAUCAUUCAUUUUAUUAAAAAUAGAAUGUUGUGCUUUUUCGUUUACAUAUAAAUAAUUAUUGUUAAAAUAAAUUUAUAUGACAAAAAGUACAAGAAAUUAUUAAUUAUCCUAUUUUCAAAAUCAUUUCUUUGAAAACAAAAUUCUGAAAACAUUUUAUUCUACAUUUUCGAUUUACUACAUACAAUUAUCUUUUUUAUUUGUACCACUGAAAACACCCUGAUAUCAUGUCAAUAUAUUAAUCAAUAUUUUACUUACUCAAUUUUUUCAUGGGAUUGCAGACCUUUUUAUGUAUCCAGACAAGAUAUAGCUGGAUCAAUAAAAUGGUGAAGCAAAAUAGGGAGGUGAAAAAUAUGUUAAUCAAUCCCAAUUAUCUGACGCAAAAGCCAGUUUGCGACAUCUGUCCUCUUUAUGUAUCAUGUGUCAGCAAUAAAAUUGAUUAUAU